UGAGUCGGUGUGCGCAGCUUCACGGCAGGUUGAACAGCCUCGGUCCGCUCAGAGGCUCGGCAGAGGCAGCAGGAACGUUUGAGGACACUGACAGCUUUCAGAGACUGCUAUGACAUCUCGCAGGUGGUUCCACCCCAACAUAACCGGAAUUGAGGCAGAGCAGCUUCUGUUGACCCGGGGCGUCCACGGCAGUUUCCUGGCCCGUCCGAGCAAGAGUAAUCCGGGGGAUUUCACCCUGUCUGUCAGGCGUAACGAUGAGGUGACCCACAUUAAGAUUCAGAACUCAGGCGACUACUAUGACCUGUACGGAGGCGAGAAGUUCGCCACGCUGGCCGAGCUGGUGCAGUAUUACACUGAACAACAGGAUCUCCUGCGAGAGAGGAAUGGCCAUGUCAUCGAGCUCAAGUAUCCACUCAACUGCAAGGACCCCACCUCUGAGAGGUGGUACCAUGGACACCUAUCCGGACGAGAUGCAGAGAAACUGCUCACAGACAAAGGCAAAGCUGGCAGCUUCCUUGUACGGGAGAGCCAGAGCAAACCAGGAGACUUUGUCCUCUCAGUUCUCACCAAUGAGGAGAAACAUGAGAAUGUGGACCGCAAGACCAAGGUUACCCACGUUAUGAUACGCUAUCAGCAGGACGGCAAGUACGACGUUGGCGGUGGGGAGCGAUUCGACACCCUGGCUGACCUGGUGGAUCACUACAAGAAGAACCCCAUGGUGGAGAAAAGUGGCAUCGUAGUGCACCUCAAACAGCCCUUUAAUGCCACAAGGAUAAACGCUGCCAACAUUGAGAACCGGGUACGAGAGCUUAACAAAGUAGCAGACAACUCUGAGAAACCCAAACAAGGAUUCUGGGAAGAAUUUGAGGUACUUCAGCAGCAGGAGUGCAAACUUCUGUAUCCCCGGAAAGAAGGCCAAAAGCCAGAAAACAAGAGUAAAAACAGAUACAAGAAUAUCCUCCCCUUUGACACAACACGUGUUGAAAUCAGGGAAAUGGAUCCAGAUGUUCCGGGUUCAGACUACAUCAAUGCCAACUAUAUCAGAAGUAUGCAUGAAGAGGGGCGCCAUGUGGAGGAGGGCAAAGUCUUCAUUGCCACCCAAGGGUGCCUACAGAAUACAGUCACAGACUUCUGGAAGAUGGUGUAUCAGGAGAAUACACACGUCAUUGUCAUGACCACAAAGGAGAUGGAGCGAGGAAGGAAUAAAUGUGUACGUUACUGGCCGGACCUCCACGGCAUAAAGGAGUUCGGAAAGGUGCUGGUGAGGAACGUGGAUGAGCGGCCAGCUCAAGACUACAUCCUGAGGAAGCUGGAGGUGACGCGUCUGGACCGGAAGGAGCCUUUCAGGUACAUCUGGCACUACCAGUACCUGAGCUGGCCGGACCACGGAGUGCCCAAUGAACCCGGCGGUGUCCUCUGGUUCCUGGAAGAAGUCAACCGCACCCAGAGCACCAUUCCAGACACUGGACCCAUUGUCGUGCACUGCAGUGCAGGCAUCGGCAGAACUGGCACCAUUAUCGUCAUUGACAUCCUUAUUGACAUUAUUAACCGCCAAGGUCUUGACUGUGACAUUGACAUCCCUAAGACCAUCCAGAGGGUACGGCAGCAGAGGUCCGGCAUGGUGCAGACAGAAGCCCAGUAUAAGUUCAUCUACAUGGCUGUGCAGCAGUACAUUGACACAGCUCAGAAGAGACUGGAAGAGGAGCAGAGAAAUAAGAUGAAGGAGAGAGAAUAUUCCAAUAUCAAAUAUCCCCAGAUGACAAACUCAAGGUCAAAACCCAACAUGGCUUCCUCCCGCUCUUCUUCUGUGAUGACAAAUGAUGAUUCAUCGAGUGUAUAUGAGAACAUAAACUUCAAAACCCCUCAAACGUCUUUUAGCAGUAACACCAGGAGGUAAAACUGUUGCUGUGGACCUCCACUACUCUCUGUCUGCCUCUCUCUUCAGCGGCUGCGUCGCUUAGUCAGCACCUGAAAAUCUUUGUAGGCCGGAGGGAGUGUGGUGCUCCACACUGCACUCCACAUCUGUGGACCUUGUCCUGGGCUGAAGGUGCUGGGCUGACCCUCUGCUGCCGCCGUCCUGCCGGAUCUCAGUCUGGAGUCAAGCCUUCCCCUCCUUACAGGGGAGGACUCCACAGCAUUGUGCCUUCUCUCAGGGCCGUUGUCCCCUCUCUACCCCCCCUUUUCCCUCCAACCUCUGUUCCAGCAUCUUCUCCCCUUAACCAGCACAAGUGCCUUGUCACAGGAUGCGUCUACACUCUAGCCUCUCUAAACCUGCUGUUACAUCUCUGCUGUUUCAAACCCUGGAGACCCACGUUGACAUGAGAAACAACCAGUCUUUCCUUUGGAUGACAGAUUUUAAACGUCUUCCCCAGCCUAAACUGAAUGGAGCUGUACAGGGCCAAGAAGAGUUCAAAGCUAAGCUGUUUGUCCGCUCAUCACCAGAAAUCCCUCAGUCCAUUAUCCCUUUUUCUCUGUCUGUGCUGGCUGUUAUUUGAACUCGUUCCUAGGACUGUUUUUGGUACGCCCUGUCACUCCAGUUGUGUUGGUUAUUAGUGUGGCCACUGACUGAUAGCAUGGACAGCUACGUAAUCUGCUCCAGGGUCCUGCGGCACAAGAAGGACAAACAAGCCCUGUCUUCUUCAAAGCUUCAAAACAAUUGUAAUUUUAAUUUUGGGUUUAAAAGUGGACUAUUUUUUUGUUAUUUUUUGUCAGAGAUGUGGCUGAUUAUCAGAGCGUUGUAGGAAAGCUCUGUAUGCAAUGUCAUAUGCUAUUGCAAAUGCAAAUAGGCUGAAGUGUUUUUGUUCUUUGGCAAAAUUGGCAUUUUUACUUACAGUGCUAUAAAGGAAUGCAGGGAUAUAACCAUCUGUCCUGUCUGUCAUCUGAACAUGGUCUCCGGUGGUCCAAUGAUAUAAACAAAUUCAUUCAGGAAAAUCGAGUUGGGGUGGGGGAGGAGGAGUGUCUUGUUUUGGGUUUUUUUUGCGGGGGGGGUCGUCCUUUUAAUGAGCUUCUUUCCAUUAUGGUGUUUGUUUUUUUUAUUAUUAUUGCUGAUGGUAUCAUGAUUGUGUUACAUAUGUGAUGAUGUUUAUUUAAAUACAUAUAUAUUUAUAAAGGAGCAUUCUGGUGAGGAGGUAAUGUUUUAACACAUACGUCAAAGCAGCACCCCCAGCAGUAACUUGGAUUUAGAUUGUAAUCGUAAUUUGAAGUCCAUAUUUUAGAGGAAACAGGGUUGAGAGGAUUCCUGAAUGGAUGGUUGGAGUUGAGCUUGGCUGACUGCCGUGUCUCACUUGGUUAGACUGGCUGUCCUCGUUAAUCAGCAGGUCUGAUCUGGUUCAACAUCUGUCGGAGGAGAUCGUCACAAGGAGACAAAGGAAAGGGGACGAUUACAGUGGGCCAGAUGGCCAUCUGCCUGAGAUUGAAGAAUAGAUUUGUCUCCAAAAAGUAAUUUAGAAGAUGGCCAUAAUCCAGGCUUGAUGAUAGUGGGACGAGUAAGCCAACGUCAUUGAUGUGAUAAGGAAGAUGGUGGGGCCGUGGCACACUGAGCCCUCUGUGCUGUCUGGCUGCUGUUGGCUAUUUUUAGCCUUCAGAACGAGUACCAAAAUAUCCUGCUCAAAUACGAGUGUAGAUAUGUUGGUGCAGUCUGACCUAGCUCUUUUGAAAUGUAAUAAUUUAAUGGUCCUGAUAACAUAAAAAAACAAAACUAAAAAAGAAAAAACGAAGAUAUCAUGGUGAUGUGUCUUGUCUGCCUAUUUAUAUUUUUAAAGGUCCCAAAUUGUGUUAGUCAAAAUGAAAAACUCACAUGCCCCACAGCAUCUCUUUCAGUUUGCCUGUUCAGAAUAACACAAAGAUGAUUCAUUUUACCAUGCCUGUGUUAUUCCUGGUUUAAGUCCUGUUCCAAACAGGCUUUUUCAGUGUCUGUUGCAUUAAAUACAGCUACAGCCAUGGCCAUAAGUUUGGACACAGCAUGACUUAUUAUGUCUGUUUUGAUGUCUAUUACAGAACAUAACUAAUAUUUUUUGACAGCACCAGUUUAAUUAGUCAACAAAUCAACAAGGGAUAUAAUAUUAAUAAAUUCCAACAAUUGGAACAACUUUGUUCCCAAAACAUAAUAUUAGAAGAAAAUAACAAAAAAAAUGCAGUUACUUUCACAACCGAAUUUGGUAAGAAUAACAAAAUGACAGCAAACUCUUUUGAUGUUUUUUUUAAAUAUGAAACUUAAUAUAGUUCUCAGGAGUUGUGUACUGUAUUGUAAGUGACAAUUUUGUGGUAUUUUCUAAGAUUCACAAGCGUCAUGGUACUUGUGUCCAAACUUAUGGCCAUGGCUGUAUACUGCUGCUGUCCCCGCCCCCUUCAGGAAGAAAACUCUAUCUGUAAUUGACAGCAUGGAGCAUAGCAGUUGACAUAGACGUUAAUGAGCUUGUGAGAUGUUUCUGUUACGUCUAACUUUCUCUCUGAAUGAUAGUCUUACCUAGAAAUAUCCCAGAAUUUACAGCACAGUCAUUGUUUUUAACUCAUGGGGAGUUUGUCAGACAACAUUGCGGUUAUAAGAUUGAUCUUUUAGCGGUCCACACCAGCUCUUAAGUGUCUGCUGGUUAACGUGUAGCUUUAAUGGGCUGCAUUCCAGGCAAUAUUUUAUACUUGUUCUGUUGUCUGACAACAGAACAAACUGGUUUUAAACACCGGCUUGUUUAUUGGUUUCAAGUCAUUUUUUAAGUUUCCAUCAUCCCUAAAUGUAACUCAACUUGGGCUGUUUUGUAAAGUUGGGAGGCCAUCUAGCUCAGGGGAUUGGGCAGAAAAGCUGCAGUGAGGGUCUUCAUAUUCUCACAUUAUAUUUUACACCUCAGAAUUUUGAAGACAGACAAAACACAAAAAAUUUAUCUUCUCCAUGUGGGACCUUUAACGCAUCAACAUAAACAACAAAAGAGUGGAAUUUGUUUGUGAUCAUACCACUCCAGCAACAGAAACUAACCGGGUUAAGGAGAAUCACCGACUGGACUCACCUUGUCGCCUUCGGUCAUACAUUAGCCAGUUUCAUUUAAGUCUGGUCAAACUACAAGGCUCAGACCUUUCACGGAAUUCAGUCGUUUGAUACUUUUGAAUAGAACUUGCAGCAGCCAGCUCAUCCUGUCAGGCAACUUUGUUUCUUGAAGGCUUGUAAGAGUUUAAGUCUGUCUCCUGAUUUCAGUCAGUUGUCUUGAGUUUUGAAACUUUUCCCAGUAUAAUUUGCUGCCGUGUAUUUUAAUGGUUGAUUGUUUCUGUGAAUAAAGGCUCUGUUUUUGUGAAAUGAAAGGCAUUGCUACCAUGUGUCAGCGAAGGCCUCCAGUAUGUCAGUUGUUGUUACGCUGCACCACUUUGAUGUUCCUCAGUUGAACUGGAACAUUGAUGGUAUUUAAAUCUCUCCGUUUCCCCUUUUGUCAUUUUCCUCUCUGAGCCCGAUGAAUGAGAAAUGACUUGUGGAUUUUAAAUCUUUCAGCGUUUUUCACUUUGCCUCUAUGCGUCAAAUUGUCAAGGAUUUGGUGAACCAUUAGUACUUGAAAGUGUGAAACCGCUGAACCUUUGGCCUCAGGCUGUGUGGAUGUCCGUUGGCUGUGGAAAUAUUUUGGGUAGUGCACUAGAUUUUUGCCAUCCGUGUUUUUACGUUUCAUUUGGUUCAAAUAAUGUACUUCUAAUUGUUUGUUUUAUUCAUUCUUGCAUUUUGUAUUUUAUCUGAGGUAUUGUUUUUGGGGUUUUUUUGUCAGUGUGAUUUCAGCAUUGGUAAUUCAAUUCUGGCUCUGAGUCGAACCAGUGUACGUGGAGGUGUGCAGUAGUGACACGGUAAUUUCUUUCUGCUUGUCCUCUUACAUUUACUUGAACAUGAUUUUGUUGUCCUUCUUUCUAUGUUGGUUGCAGUAAGGCUGAAGUGUGUAGUGAUAUACUUAGAGCUCCCAUGUGAUUCCGUGGAGAUUCUUCCCCUUUGCUCUUCUUCUUGCACUGGCUCCACCCAGACGCCUUUCUGCUGUAUAGGCUGCAACUGCUGAUGCAAUGAGCUGCCAGAAAUGGCAUCGAAAUGGUUUAUUAUUAUAUAGUUUAAUAAAAAUCUAUGAUGGCACCAUA